CACACACACACACACACAAUCCCGAAAUCCACACAACAAAGCAAUGCGAGGAGACCAUGAGAGAGCGCCUAUAGGCUGCCCGAAAACCAGCCUGAAACAACUACAACAUGAUUAGUAACAAUCAUAAACACACCAACGCUUAAAUCAGCCAGCUUAACACGAAAAAUCAUCUUCAUACUCACAUAAAAAACACAGUGUUUCACCGGACCUGUCGGGCAAGUUGAUUGUAAACUUUCGAGUAAGGCAUUAAUCUGGACAGCUGCUCUCGUCACACCUGGUCCUGCGCUGUAAUACGGGAGUACAGUGUGGAUGUGUGAGUGUUUGUUUAGUCUGGGUAGAGCCAAAUAUUAAUCUUCAGUUGCAGCCAUGACGAUAGUGAUCGGCUUCGAAGGCAGUGCAAACAAGAUUGGUGUGGGGAUCGUGCGAGAUGGAGUGGUGCUGUCCAAUCCCAGGCACACAUACAUCACCCCACCUGGGCAAGGGUUCCUGCCCAGUGAGACUGCAAAGCACCACCGUGCCUGUGUCCUCUCCGUCCUGAAGGAGGCGCUGCUGCAAGCUGGGAUCCAGCCCGCCGACAUCGACUGCGUGGCGUUCACCAAGGGUCCUGGAAUGGGAGCUCCGCUUGUUGCCGUGGCGAUUGUUGCCCGGACGGUGGCCCAGCUAUGGAAGAAGCCACUGCUGGGUGUGAAUCACUGCAUCGGCCACAUUGAAAUGGGGCGUCUCAUCACUGGGGCUGCCAACCCCACUGUGCUCUAUGUGAGCGGUGGAAACACACAGGUGAUCUCAUAUUCUGAGCGGCGAUACCGGAUAUUUGGAGAGGCGAUAGAUAUUGCUGUAGGAAACUGUCUGGACAGAUUUGCACGAGUCAUUAAGAUAUCCAAUGACCCCAGCCCCGGCUAUAACAUUGAGCAGAUGGCAAAAAAGGGCACACAAUUUGUGGAGCUUCCUUACACAGUCAAGGGGAUGGAUGUGUCCUUCUCCGGUAUCCUGUCAUACACUGAGGAAAUGGCUGAUAAGAUGUUGGGUUCAGGGGAGUGCACUCCUGAAGACCUCUGCUUCUCACUCCAGGAAACACUCUUCUCCAUGCUGGUGGAGGUCACCGAGAGGGCGAUGGCACACUGCGGGUCCCGGGAGGUGCUCAUCGUGGGGGGGGUCGGCUGCAACCUACGACUACAGGAGAUGAUGGAGGUCAUGUGUCAGGAGAGAGGAGCCAAGCUCUUUGCUACAGACGAGAGGUUUUGUAUCGAUAACGGAGCCAUGAUUGCUCAAGCUGGAUGGGAGAUGUUUAGAUCAGGUCAUGUGACUUCACUAGAGGAUUCCUGGGUCACACAAAGAUUCAGAACAGAUGAAGUGGAAGUUACCUGGAGAGAUUAGAAAGGAGAUGUAUUUUUAUAACUUUAAUAAAUCAUAAUAUCCCAAA